GGGCCAGGAGGCCGGCCUCGCGAGGGCGUGCGGGUCCGGCGCGGUGGGAGCACCCCGGAACCCCGGCCGGGUUCCCGAGGGCCGGGCAGGGCAUGGAACCACCGCCGCCCUCGCAUCUCCGGGCACCGCGAGGGUCAGUGGAGCUGCCGGGUCAGGCGUGUUAACCCGUGGCCGCGCGGUGCUCUGGCCCAGAGAUGAAGACCGGUCCGGGGCCUCGAGCGGGGCCUUCCCCUUCGUGCAGCUCCCUCGGCAUGGAAACCCCACCUGCGUCCCCUCCCGGCCUCCUCCGGCUCGUCGCUGCCGGCCGUCCGGGCACCGCCCGCGGGAAGAAGCGGGUCCCUCGCCCCGGCUCGCUGCAUCACGCUGUAGUUGAUAAUAGUGCUUAAGACUACAGAGCUCCUAGCCCCCCCAGCCCCACUGGCGUCUCCUGGAUCGUGGAGCAUGGACCCAGUUGCUACUCACAGCUGCCAUCUCCUCCAGCAGCUGCACGAGCAGCGUAUUCAAGGCCUGCUUUGUGACUGUAUGUUGGUGGUGAAAGGAGUCUGCUUUAAAGCACAUAAGAAUGUUCUAGCAGCUUUCAGCCAGUACUUUAGGAGCCUCUUUCAGAAUUCUUCAGGUCAGAAGAAUGAUGUUUUUCACUUGGAUAUUAAAAAUGUAAGCGGCAUCGGGCAGAUCCUGGACUUCAUGUACACAUCGCAUCUGGAUCUUAACCAGGACAAUAUACAAGUCAUGCUGGACACGGCACAGUGUUUGCAAGUUCAGAAUGUUCUGAAUCUGUGUCACACAUUCUUAAAGUCAGCCGGUGUAGACCAGCCACCCAGCCUGCCUUGUCACAGUACAUUCUCCCUGCAAAGUGCUUUGACUCCUGACGCUAACUGUGUUAUCAGUGAAAACUACGCCCCUCAUUUGCUGCAGGAGUGCUCAGCAGGUGUUCAGCAGGAUAGAGUUGUGGAUGAAUCACAUUCUCAUGCCCCACCCUCAGUUGGUCUUCAUACUUCCACAGCUGAAACCUCAAAACAAGCCCCUGAUACGUUAGAUGGCAGCUGCACAGAACUGCCUUUCAAACAGCCAAACUAUUACUACAAGCUCAGAAACUUGUACAGUAAGCAGUACUAUAAACAAGCCACCUGUCCCAGUCAUGAGAGAAUAAUCAAGCAGCCUUUCACUUUCAGCACAUCUUCAGACCUUCAUGUCGCGGAACACCAGCCCUGUGCUGUUGGUCACGCCGAGUGUGUCCUGGAGUCCUCCGAGCACUUGCCUUCCAACUUCCUGGCCCAGCCUUUGAGUGAACCUCCCCCAGGCCCUGAGCCAGACAAUGCAAGCCAACAACCUACCAGACAGAUGAGGCUCAAGAAGGCCAUUCACCUUAAGAAGCUAAAUUUCCUGAAGUCACAGAAAUCUGCAGAGCAGCCAUCUGAACCCAAAUCAGAUGACAGGUUAACCGAGAGGAUAGAAUCUGCCAGUGACCAUAGUGUAGAGAAAGUUAACAGCCAAAGUGCUGAAGAAAAAGAAAGUGAAGAACUCAUCAGUUCUGAGAAUUUUAAUUGCAUGAAUGAGAUGGAGAGGCCCGAAGACACUGCGGCCCUGGAAGACCAAUCCCAGACACUUCAGUCUCAGAGACAGUAUGCGUGUGAAUUGUGUGGAAAACCUUUUAAACAUCCCAGCAAUUUGGAGCUUCACAAACGGUCUCAUACAGGUGAGAAACCUUUUGAAUGUAACAUUUGUGGGAAACAUUUCUCUCAGGCGGGUAACUUGCAGACUCACUUACGUCGGCAUUCUGGGGAGAAACCGUACAUCUGCGAGAUCUGCGGGAAGAGGUUUGCAGCCUCUGGUGAUGUCCAGCGUCACAUCAUUAUUCACUCAGGAGAAAAACCACACUUGUGUGACAUCUGUGGUCGAGGGUUCAGUAACUUCAGUAAUUUGAAGGAGCACAAAAAGACACACACGGCUGAUAAAGUCUUCACCUGUGAUGAGUGUGGAAAGUCUUUUAACAUGCAGAGGAAGUUGGUAAAGCACAGAGUUCGGCACACGGGUGAGCGGCCUUACAGCUGCUCUGCCUGUGGAAAAUGUUUCGGAGGAUCCGGCGACCUCCGCAGGCACGUCCGCACUCACACAGGGGAGAAGCCAUACACAUGUGACAUCUGCAACAAGUGCUUCACCCGCUCUGCUGUGCUGCGGCGGCACAAGAAGAUGCACUGCAGGGCCGAUGACCAGGGGCAGGACGCUCUGGAGGAGCUCACGCAGGCCAUCGAGACCUCGGACCUGGAGAAAUCUCAGAGCUCGGAUUCUUUUUCUCAGGACGUGUCCUUGACUUUGAUGCCCGUGUCUGUUAAAAUCCCCGUCCACCCAGUGGAAGAAGACUCAGUGGCAGAAUUUGACGGCCACUGUAAGUUCCGGUCCCUGGUUCAGUCUCAUGGAGUGAGUGAGCAGGAGAAGCUCAGCUUGGGUCCCCUCAAGCUCGCCAAGCCUCAUGUGCCGCAGGCACAGCACCAGUCCUACAGCUACUCAGACGUGGAGGCCUCGGCUGGCACGGAGUCGCUGCAAGCCGACGGUAUGGCCGCGAUCCGCUCGUCCCUGGCUGCCCUGGACCAUCACUGCGCCGACCCCCUGGGCAGCCGCGCAUCCGCCCCUGCGUACAGGAACUCGGAGGGACAGUUCUUCUCCAGCAUGACCCUCUGGGGGCUGGCGAUGAAGACGCUGCAGAAUGAAAGCGAGCUGGACCAGUGAGGUCCUCUAUCAGCAGCUCAGCAUCAGAGGCGGCUUUAGCCCGAGAGGCUAGAUUCUGUCCCUCCUGACGGGGGAUGGUCGUUGGAAGUGCCUUGAGCCCAGCGUGUGGGAAGAAAGGCCUCCUGGCACAUCGUGGAAGUGGACGAGGGACUGAACUUCUUGCACCCCAGAAGGCUUGAGAGACCGUCUCCCAGAUGUGGUGUGAACUGAGUGUAACUACUGUACAUUUUGGUCAUGGUAAAGGGAAAAUAUAUGUAUAUAAUAAUACAGAUAUUAUUUUUGCAUUUUUACAUGAUUGAAAUUUGUAGCGUUUUGUAUUUUUAUUUACAAAAAGA